AUGAAUUCAACGAAUUCCACACACGAGGACUUCACUCGCCAACAGAAUUUUCACGUGCCGACCUUGGAUCAUCCAGUCGGUGUCGUCCACGGAGGGAGAGUGGUGUACCAGCAUGUUGGAAAGUUAGUCCGACCACCCGAGACGUCCAGCGCUGCCACCUCGCAGCCUCGUUUUUCCAUCGAAGACGGACCCUUCGUGGCGGUGGUGUCGAUUGGAAGUCUCUUCGUGGCGCUGACGGUCGUCCUGGUAGCCGUCAGCUUUGUGUUCCUGCGACGUCAGUCCAGGAAGGAGGUCGCACGGCAGCCCAGCGGCAUGAUCGUCACUCACAGCGGAACUGCUCGGCACUUGGAAGAAGCCUCAGUGAUGGAAUGGAAGUACAGCCUCACCUCCAGUACGUCGGGCGACUUCGACGAGCUCUCAGACGUCUCAGAGGUAGUUGAUCUAGACGACACGCCACCGCACACCCUGGGCAGGGUCUUUGCAAACCCACAUUUGUGUCCGCGACACUCCCAGAUGUUACACAUUCACAGCGCGAGUUUUGUGUAA